GACAAUUCAUCAAUCACUACGACAGUCAAGUUGUGGAAUAUCACACAAACCAUGGGAUUGUUGCUCACGUCCAGGCCAUCGUUAAAGGAACGGCCCUUCUGCCUUGCGACCUCACACCACCCACACCAAAUGACAGCAUUGUGCUCAUAGUCUGGUACAAAGGAAAGCACACACCCAUUUACAGCUAUGAUACCAGGACGAGCAACAACAAUGCGCACCGCUGGCAGGAUGUCAGCCUGGAAAAUCGUGCAUUUUUCAGGACGAUGACGGAACCAUCAACACUCAGCAUUGAAAACAUCGCAGAGAAUGAGGAGGGUGAAUACAGAUGUCGGAUCGAUUUCAUGAAGUCACCUACUAAAAAUCUCAAGGUUAUCCUCGCAGUUAUAGUACCUCCUCAGAAGCCAAAAAUAAUCGAUGAAAAGGGCAAGGAAAUUGAAACUGUGGCCGGACCUUACGAGGAAGGAGGUGAUAUGAAGCUAACAUGCAUUGUUACAGGUGGAAAACCGGAGCCAACAAUCAAAUGGUGGCGUGGCGAAAAAUUGAUCGAUUCUACCGAAACGCACAGCGGAUUCCAGAACGUUAGGUCCAAUCAGUUGGUCAUCAAAGGGCUUCAGAGGUCGGACCAGCACGCGGCAUUCACAUGUCAAGCGUCCAACAAUAACAUCAGUCAGCCCGUCUCCGCUACCGUUUCCAUUGAAAUUUACUUUCGGCCGUUGAAGGUGGAGAUUCUGAGCAGUAAUCAGCCCUUCUCAGCUGACAGGAUGUACGAGAUUCCCUGUCAGACUUUUGGAUCAAGACCGACCGCUAAAAUAUCUUGGUGGAUGGAUGGGGUUGAGCUUAAAUCCGACAAGUUCAACUAUACUCAAACGGAUUCGGCCGACGGAAAUACGAGCACCUCAACGUUAAUGUUUAUACCGACUCGUCUAGACAACGACCGGAUGCUCACUUGCCGUGCAGUAAACCCACUUGUUCAAGGUGGCUUAGAAGAGAAUUCCAUCAAGCUUAACGUAUUCUAUAUUCCAAUAUUACAUUUAUCGUUGGGCUCGAAUUUAAAUCCGGAUGACAUCGAAGAAGGGGACGACGUGUAUUUUGAAUGCAAAGUGAACGCCAAUCCGUGGGCCUACAAAGUGCUCUGGAAGCAUAAUGGCCAAGUGAUGCAGCAGAACCAGAAAGCCGGUAUAAUUAUGAGCAACAGUGAUCUGGCCCUGCAGGGUGUUUCCCGUAAUCAAGCAGGUAAUUACACCUGCGUCGCUUCGAACGUCGAAGGGGACGGUGACAGCAACGUGGUCGAAUUAAAAAUCAUGUAUAAACCGAUAUGUAGAUCGGAUCAUAAGAGAGUUUACGGGGUUGCAAGGCAUGAGAAUGCCAAGAUUCUUUGUGAAGUGGAAUCCUAUCCGCUUCCAGACAGUUUCAAGUGGUCUUUCAAUAAUACCGCUGAAACCAUCGAAGUACCGCAAACCCGUUACAAUUCAGACGUUCACCAUUCAUCAUCGACCCUAUCCUACACGCCGGUAUCAGAGCUGGAUUAUGGUACUGUAAUGUGCUGGGCUAGUAAUUUAGCUGGCCGUCAAUUGGAGCCGUGCGUCUUUCAUAUAAUCGCUGCGGGCAAACCGGAUCCACCUUACAACUGCAGCAUCCUCAACCAGACUUCCGACUCUUUGGAAGUUGAAUGCGUGGAAGGCUUUGAUGGCGGCCUCACCCAAUACUUCCAGCUAGAAGUGUAUGACGAGCAGAAUGAUAUAUUGCAGAUUAAUGUCUCCGCAAAGUUCCCUCUAUUCACAGUUAGUGGCUUAGAACCUGGGAAAAUGCUUAAAAUGAUGGUUUACGCAGCCAACGCAAAGGGCCACAGUGAAGGGAUCACGCUAGAGGGAUUUACAUUGAAAGUAGCUGAAAAACAAACAGUAUUAUCUCUUGGGACCCGAGACCAAAUGGAAAUUGCACCAAUUUUGGGUAUCUUAAUUGGCAUCGUCAGUGCUCUUCUCUGCGUCACUGUUAUUAUAUUGGCCGCCUUGAAGCUGAGGGCGACUCGACGAGAUGGAUCACAUGCUAUCCGCCCUGGAUUCCUCCCUGUUAAGGAAAAGGCCACUUUGCCCUUGCGCACAGAGACCGAAGAUUUAUACGAAAUGGAUGACAAAAAUCCGGACGUAGUCCCCGCAAAUAAAGUGUCUUUCCUUUUUGCAGAUUCCGAUUAUCAACUUGGCUCCGAAGUACAAACCCCGGGCCCUAAUAAUAGCGUUGCCGUGAACAACGAAUUCGAAGGACAAAGGAUCAUUACUCCACUUAGCGAAGCUUAUGUUACCCGAGAUCGCCAGUACCAACCACAGCAUGUCACUAACGAAGUUACUUACGCAGAAUUGUCAUUGGCUCGACCGAACACCCUGGACACAACAAAAAAUGUAGGCAAUCAGUUCCCGACUCAGAAGCUUCGAGAUGAGUCAAUUAUUUACGCACAGAUUGAUCACACCAAGAACCAUCAGCCAGUCUCGACACUUUCCGCUAAGCCAUCGCCCAUAUUAUCUCCGGUUUCUUCUCUGUUUCCCGUCAAACCGUCAAUGUACCACCGAGAAGUAGUUACCAUUCGAACGCCGCUCAUGGGAUGUCAGCAGGAAAGCUGCGUUUAAACGAAUACAACUUUUACAGUAUGUUGUAAAUAAAGUGUGAAUAAGUAUUUUAAGAUUGACGCGCGUCGAAUGGAAUCUGAAAGAGAUAAACUACAUCUAAAUGUUUAACUUUCUAUAGCCGUAAUUAAAAUCCUGUAACAUAUCCAGUACGCAUUUCCUGACAGCACAAAUCAUAUCCUUUUACAUAAUAUUUAUAAUAUA